AUGGCCUCUGACCCUGUACACGAAGCUGCAGAAACUGUCGAAUCCAUGCUUCCUGCUGUGCCGGAGGAUAUCGUCGCCAAUUGGCUUACUCAUGUGCUUGGGCACCGAAUGCGUACCGUGGAAGUGACGAAGGUCGUUCACGGGACUGCCAGCAAAGUCUUUGUCACAGUUGUCUACGAUGAUAACAAUACCUCCAAUACCAGCAGAAAGGAGUUCCUCUGCAUCAAGGGCGGCUUUGACCCGAAGAUCAAAGCCCUGUAUCCCUGGAUCGUCAACGUUUACUUUCGUGAGGUCGAGUUCUUCAACCGAGUCGCGCCCAAACUCGCCCAUAUCAGCCUGCCCAGAUCCCACUGGGCCGGCCAUAACGGGGUUGACCAGGGGAUCGUCAUCAUGGACGACCUCAACGCCCAGGGGUGCCGGUUCGGCGACCCAGCCAAGUCAUGGCCCGUCUCGCGGGUGUUGGCGGGCGUCGAGCAGCUCGCGGCCCUGCACGCCGGGACGUGGAACGCCAGGGCAGAGGACUACCCCUGGCUGACGGCCCAUUACGACCAGGCCAUCCUGUCCCUGAUGGAGACCUACGAGGCAGUUGUCCUCUCCGAUGACCGCCCAUCGGGUAUCCACGACUAUCUCAAGGACCAGAAGCGCAUGACGGCUGUCUUGAAGAAGCACUGGCGAUCGCGAAACCCCAAGUUCCAGUGCAUGGUCCACGGCGACCCGCACACGGGGAACACGUACCUCGUCCAAGACCAGCCUCGCUUCCUCGACUGGCAGAUAAUCCAUAUCGGCUCGGCCUUUCACGACGUGGCGUACUUUAUGGGCGGAGCGCUGUCCAUUGAGGAUAGGAGGGCUCAUGAGAUGGAGAUUCUGGAUCACUAUCUGGAAGCGCUUGCCACCUUCGGUGGCCCAACUUUCUCUAGCUCGCAGAAAGACUUACUUGAGGAGUACCGGAAAGGCUUUCUCGCAGGGGUUGGAUGGAUCAUGUGUCCUUAUGUCAUGCAGCCGAAGGAACAGGUCCAAGCCAUGGCUGUGCGGUAUGCUGUGGCUUUGGAUGAUCACAAGACAUUGGAGCUUGUGGAGUCGCUCACUGACGUCAAGUGA